CCGCCGAGAGUCACUGUGGGAGAGCCAGCUCCUGGCCCCUUUGGGAGCCUGCUGAAUGUGCUGGGGUCAAGGACAGAGGCUCAGGGAGAUGGGUGGAGCUGCCUUCAAAUCAUAGCUCGGCCACAGCUUCCUCGUUUGUAACAUCAGGCUAGUAUAUGCAACCUUGUAGGACUGUUCUGAGGCUUACCUGAUGAUGACUUGGUAGUGGGGCUGGCUUUCAGUGCCCAGUAACUGGUCAGUCUUCCACCUGGACCAGUGAGGUUUGCGGUGGGCUGACCUGGGGACCCAGGGGCAGGGGGCUUUUGGCGAAGAAGAAAGGCCAAUCCCCUCUGAGACCCUCCUGUCCAGUCUGGUACCCCCUUACCGACUCCCACUCCCCCACCCAGUCUUGGGGCCACCCUGCGCCACCAGGAGCAGUCGUGUUGGACCUGGAGCUGGUUAGCUCUUGGAAAAAACAAACAAACAAACAAAACAAAACAAUGCAAACCCACCUCCCAAAGCCUGACCUGGAUAAAUGAGCAAAUCGAGGAGGCCCAGCCCCUCCUUCUCCCGUCUGAGCCCCCCUGCGGGCUGUCCCCUCCAAACUUCAAUAGUGUAGUCAUUCCACAGAUGACAACAGCAGUUUGGACAACGGGGAAGCUCAAAAUAAGAACUACCCUCAUAUUUCACCCAGAACAGUCCCCCCAGCUAACUUCUGGUGAACAGCUAGCUGAUGGGCGCUUUCAGUGAGUCCCGGGCCCUGUGCCGAAUCUCUUUAUCGGCAGGUAAGUAUUCCUCCUUCCUCCUUUCGAGAGGUUAUCCCCAAACUACAGAUGGAGAAAACAAGGCCCAGGUCUGGACUCAAACCCAGUUUGCCUCAUGAAGCCUCCACUAUAAGCUGUCGGUGGGGACUCCCAGGGGAGCUCCUGGCCCAUGGGAUGGGGACCCUUGCUGUGCCCCUGACACAUGGCGGGGGUCCCUGUAGUGGACAGCUGCGUCAGAUGAGGCCAGGACAGCUGGGAAUGGGCCUUGCCUCAAGUGAGCUGAGUCUCCUAGAAGACAAACUAUGCCUGCCCUCCUCACCCAGCCGGACUCUUCAGAACCUCUUCCCCAUUCUCAGGAACCUGGCCACCCCUCUCCCUAGCCUUUGGGAAUUGGGACCGAGCAGUCACUCCCAGUGCGGUGGCCCAGAAAACAUGACUUGACUUGGGGCCAAGGCUCCUAAAGGCUGAGCUCAUGUCCCCACACUCACUCCCAAGACAUUCUGUCCCUUCGCCAUUCAGAAAAAUGUCAUUUCGGGGAGGGCCAAUGACCAGUUUUCAGGAGCUACAGCCAGAAUGGCCCUGCUGGGCAGGCCAUGGCGGCUGUAGUCCUGGCUGGUGGAUUUGAGACACCCAACAUCUUGGGCCGGGGAACAGGAACAUGGUUUUCCCCUCAUUCUGGAGACCCAGGUUCCCGGUUGUAUCCCCUUCCUCUUUCUUCCUUUCUUUGUUUUUGUUUUUGUUUAGGCUUAUUUACCUAAGUAAUCUCUGCACCCUUUGUGGGGACUGAACUCAGGGCCCAGAGGCAAGAGUCACAUGCUUUUCCAACUGUGCCAACUAGGUGCCCCCAGCCCCUUCCCUUCUCUAAGAUUUCCCUUUAUCUGCUGUCUUCCUCUGAGCUGUAAGCUGACCCUUCCAUCUUUCCCUAAUCCUCCCAAGACGGACAGAGUUUCUGGGGAUCAGAGCUGGGAGGGGCCCAGACAAUUCUCUGAGGACCUUUUCCACCUCUGGAACGCAAAGCCACUUGCCCCAGUCCAACCUGUCUGAUGUGCAAGUCCCCCAGGCCCACCCUGUGUCCCCCCCACCCUACACUGAUGCUGGUGGCCUGGGGAUUUUCUAAUCCACACAUGAAGUCCAGAGAGAGGCUGACAUUUCUGCUUGCUUCAGCAGUACAUAUGCUAAGAAACAGACAGGGGCUGACAUUUGUCAGAGGUCACAGUGAGUCAUGGUGCCUAGGAUCAGGGAUCCUUCGGCCUCCCCAGCUUCUUCGCGCUGACACCCCUCGAAUACAAUUUCUAGGCACCUGGUAAGCAGCCAGAAGGGGGCGGUUUCUGCAAAACAACUGGGACGGAGCCAUUAAAAACCACGAAGGAGAUUGGAAAGGGCUAAUCCUAGAUUAACUAGGGGGAUGGACCCAGGGUAUUGGGCUGGGGCAGAGGCAAGGGCCCCAUCCAGGUACAGAAGUGACUUGGGGUGGGGGGGGACAGUGUGUGCUUGGGGGAAGGGUUGGGGGUUGGGAUUGGGCUUCCUCUGGGUGGGAAAGGGUUAAGUCCUCCUCCGUCUCCCAGGCUCCAGCACUUUGCACCCGUCACCCCUUAUUAGGCACUUCCAAACUGCUUAAUUUGUACUUUCUCCUCUCGGGCCUCCGGCAACAGCAGCGGCACCCAGAGCCUCAACCUCAUGUCCUGCCUGAGUCCCUCGCAGCUCCAGAAGUUUCAGGAGGAUGGAUUCCUGGUGCUGGAAGGAUUUUUCUUUGCGGAUGAAUGUGCCGUCAUGCAACAGAGGAUUGGCAAGCUAGUGGCUGACAUGGAUGUCCCUGUCCACUGCCGCAUAGAAUUUUCUACCCAGGAAGAGGGGCAGCUGAGAACCAAAGGCCAGGGUGACAAAGACUAUUUCUUGAGCAGUGGUGACAAGAUUCGCUACUUCUUUGAGAAAGACGUUUUCGACGAGAAAGGAAAUUUCCUGGUCCCUCCGGAGAAAUCCAUCAAUAAAAUUGGCCACGCUCUGCAUGCCUAUGACCCUGUCUUCAGGAGUGUCACACACUCCCCCAAGGUGCAGGCCUUGGCCAAAAGUCUGGGCUUCCAGAUGCCCGUGGUCGUGCAGAGCAUGUACAUCUUCAAGCAACCUCACUUUGGUGGCGAAGUCGACCCUCACCAGGACUCCACCUUCCUGCACACGGAGCCGCUGGGCCGGCUGCUGGGCCUGUGGAUAGCGCUGGAGAAUGCCACUCUGGAGAACGGCUGCCUCUGGUUCAUCCCAGGCUCCCAUACCGGUGGGGUGUCAAGAAGGCUGGUACGGACCAGUGAUGGCUCGAAGCCUGACGUCAGCUUCCUCGGGUCAGAGCCUGUCCGGGAUGCCAGCCUCUUUGUGCCCACCCCAGCGCGGAGAGGGGACCUCGUCCUAAUUCACGGGGAAGUGGUACACAAGAGUGAGAAGAACCUCUCCGACCGCUCACGCCACGCCUAUACUUUCCACCUCAUGGAGAGCUUGGGCACUGUCUGGAGCCCGGAGAACUGGCUCCAGCCCUCAGCUGAGCUGCCCUUUCCCCCACUGUACACCUGAGCGCCCUCUCCGGGCUGGGCCUGGCCCCUCUAGGGGAAGCUGUGGGCCCCACGUACCAGCGCCUCCCCGCUGCCCAGCUGCCAAGGGGAAGUCGAAUCUGUCCCCCUGCGCUUUCUUCCUGCCAGGGUCUGUGCCCCUCAGCCCUGCAGACAGAAGGGCGGGAGGUCACCAGCGGGCAGCAGGAGCCCCCGGUGGGACGGUUGGCUUUCGGGAGACCUCCCUCUCUCUGCCUCUCUCCUGCCCCACCCCAGCCUCCCCUAGGGGAGGCAGCCUUUCACCAUGAAAGCAUUCUGGCCACUUCUCUGCUAGCUUCCCACUGUUCUCUCCUCUCAGAUGCAAUUCAGAUUAAUAUGGUACAAGACAUACAAUAAAACCAACUUCUGGAU